AUGUUGCCUCGUAAUUUGCAAGCACUGCGGGAUAGGAAAAGUAAUUGGUCGCUAGCAGAAGAUCGGCAACUUUGCUGUUUGUUGGAGGAAAUAAGGUCUUCUUUAACCUUAAAGAUCAAUAAUGUUUCGGAUGCAAUCCAGGAAAAUUCUUUGAAGAUCACCAAUGCAUGUGUACAAGUUUCGAAUCUCAACAAUCGAUUGUCCUUAUUUGCAGCUGAUCAAUUCAUCGAAAGCCGUGUGGCUGAUGACGCUCCAGCAUGCGUCAGUCCAACUCUGGCUUCUCAAACGGUGGUCCCAAACAAGCAAACGGAAAAAAUUGAUAAUUUACGUCAAGCGGUGUCAAUGGGAUUAGAGUUGAUGCGAACACAUUUCAAGCGAAUUGAUAUACGUCCCGAGGAUCUAGAUGAAGAUAACGAUCCAAUUUGCAUGCCUGAACCAAUCUUCGAACCAUAUGAUGAAAAUCUUUCACGGCCAUUACCACUCCUGAUUGGUAGUUCAGGCUGGAAUUCUUCAUCUUAUGCAGGUUCUUCAGAGGAAUGUGCUAAAAUAGCGAAGGUAACUGAAGAGGUUGUUGUCAGUUUGCCACCUUUCACCCAACCAAGAAUGGCGGAGUGCGGAGGUCCAUCUUAUUUGGAUCCACUAAAUGGGAAAGUGGCAUGUAUGAUAUCAAAUCAAGCUACAUCAAAUAUCAAAGGUGUUGAAGGAAAAAUUGGUAACUGUUCAAACGAGUACAGUAGUGAGACUUAUACUCCUCAGGAAGUGGUUGCUACGUCCAGUUCACAAGAAAAAGAAAUUAAAAAUGCAGCAGAAUUCACAUCUAAUUUGUCAAGAGAUGGGGCAUCGCGGCGGUGCCUUGAAGUACCGGUAAUACCUCGAAACCCUGAAGUGUCGGUGAAGCAUUCUGGUUCCGAAGUGUCCCACAAGCCUCCGGAUCAGGAAAUAUCUACGAGACUUCAGGAAUCUCAAGUACCAGUUAAAAGAAUAUUGACUAAUGAUAUAGUGGAAGAUCAAGCAAAGGAAAAAACCAGCGAAGGCAUAUCAAACGCUGUGAAUAAAUUGUUUGUCGACAGCAGCUCCGACGAGGAUGAUCUUUUCAGUGACCUUAAGAAUACGAUUGUGGAAACAAAGAGACAUAUUUCUGCUUAUUCGAGUGAUUCUCAAUUCAUUUCAACCACUGAAAGAGAGAAUAUCAGCUUACGAACGGAUAUGAAUGCGCAUAGUCCAGAUGUGUUCGCUGAUGUUUCGAAACCAAAAAAUUCUUUGAAAGCUACGGAUUAUAUCUUUGUAAAUGACGCGCAGACUUCGGAUUCAUUCCGGAAUAAAUUAGAUGGUAUACUUUCAAAUAAAAUUAUGUCAAAUACGAUCAAUGACUUGGAAAAACGUCAAGGGAAAGAAAUUACAGGAGAAAGGAUAAAGAAUGAUGGAACCAACGCCGUUUUACCUUCUCUUGCAAAGCUGCGAGCGAAAGGACCGCCUCGACGUUCACCAUCACGUUUGUUGCAGAAUUCUGGCAAAGACAAUGACAAGGAUGAAGUGGAAUCGGUUCAUCCUUCCAUAGUUGUAACUGCAAAUGUAGAAAAUAAUCAAACUAUUGAAGAAGAAGCUGAGGUAUGUAAGGGACGACAAAAUGAUCUGCUGAAAAUCGGUCUCGGAAAGCGUGUUACUGAUAAUGUAAGCAGUUUAAAGCAGAGGAACGACACUAAUUCCAUAUUUUCUUCUGAUUCCGACGAUGAUAUUUUUUCCACUUUUUCCACUAGGUCUAAAACUAAUGCACUUGUUUCGAAAUUACAAAACGGGAACGACGGUGUACAAUCACUGCUAGCCUCUAGGGAUGGUUCUUUAGUGACAUCAGCAAGCCGAUCGCAGAUUCCUAAAACUGAUUGUAAAUUGAAGACUUUGUUUGACUCAGAUGAUGACCUUUUUGCUAGCUCUAUUCCGGUAAAAAAACAGGAACGAGAAUCUGGUAGAGAUAAAGAAGCGGUUUUGGCGAAAGUAGUUCAAGAAACAAUAAUUCCAAAAAAAGAUGAGUCAGUCCUCAAAAAAAAGGAACCAAUUGUUCCGAGAAACAAACCAAGUACUUCCAAACCGAAAAGAAUAGAAAUUUUUGAUGAUGAUUCUGAUGGUGAUCUUUUCAACUAA